UUGUCGCUGGGCCAGAUGGGCUUCCAGGCAGGGAUGGUCGACCGGGACAGCAGGGGGAGCAAGGAGCUGAUGGGACUCCUGGCCCCAUGGGUCCUGCUGGGAAGAGAGGAAACCCAGGUGUGGCCGGCUUGCCUGGAGCACAGGGACCCCCAGGAUUCAAGGGUGAAAGCGGACUACCUGGGCAGCUGGGUCCCCCCGGAAAGCGGGGGACAGAGGGCGGAACAGGUCUUCCUGGGAACCAGGGGGAGCCUGGAUCCAAAGGCCAGCCGGGUGACUCUGGCCAGAUGGGCUUCCCAGGAAUGGCUGGCCUCUUCGGACCCAAGGGCCCCCCUGGAGACAUCGGCUUCAAAGGCAUCCAGGGGCCUCGGGGGCCUCCUGGCUUGAUGGGAAAAGAAGGCAUCAUCGGGCCCCUUGGGAUCUUGGGACCUUCAGGACGCCCGGGUCCGAAGGGCGACAAAGGCAGCCAAGGGAACAUGGGAUUGCAAGGUCCGAGGGGUCCUCCCGGCCCCAGAGGGCGACCAGGCCCACCGGGUCCUCCAGGGAGACCUAUCCACUUUCAACAAGAUGACCUUGGGGCAGCUUUCCAGACGUGGAUGGACACUCACGGAGCACUGAGAGCAGAGCAGGUUUCCAGCCAUCCGGACCGGCUGGUGCUGGACCAGGGAGGGGAGAUCUUUAAAACCUUACACUACCUCAGCCACCUCAUCCAGAGCAUUAAGACGCCCCUGGGCACCAAAGAGAACCCCGCCCGGGUCUGCCGGGACCUCAUGGACUGCGAGCAGAAGAUGGCAGAUGGCACCUACUGGGUGGAUCCGAACCUUGGCUGCUCGUCCGACACCAUCGAAGUCUCCUGCAACUUCACGCAUGGUGGACAGACGUGUCUCAAGCCCAUCACAGCCUCCAAGGUCGAGUUUGCCGUCAGCCGGGUCCAGAUGAAUUUUCUGCACCUGCUAAGCUCUGAGGUGACACAGCAUAUCACCAUCCACUGCCUGAACAUGACCGUGUGGCAGGAGGGCCCCGGGCAGGCCCCAGCCAAGCGGGCAGUUCGCUUCCGGGCCUGGAACGGGCAGAUCUUCGAAGCUGGGGGUCAGUUCAGGCCUGAAGUGUCCAUGGAUGGCUGCAAGGUCCAGGAUGGCCGCUGGCAGCAGACGCUCUUCACCUUCCGGACCCAGGACCCCCAGCAGCUGCCCAUUGUCAGUGUGGACAACCUCCCUCCUGCCUCAUCAGGGAAGCAGUACCGCCUGGAAGUUGGACCUGCGUGCUUCCUCUGACCUCUGACCUCCUGGCUCCUCUAGGCCUGGAGGCGAGGGAAGAGGAGUAGGAGGAGGCAAAGGGAGGGUACUUAGGGGCAGGUGGGCCCAGGAGAGGCAGGUCCCCUGCCCGAGGGCCCUAGGGCGGGCCCCAGAUGUUGUCUGCCCAGUAGAAGGGGCUGGGGGGUAACAGGGAGUGGGGUGACCCCAGCACAGCUCCAAAGACCAACCAAAGAGCCAGCCUGAGCCAACUGGGCCUGUCUCCCAGCUCCGCGGCCACCCCUCCCUCCCCAGCUUCCUGCCCAAGCAAGAGCCCCACGUUCCAGCCAGCUUGAGGGAAGGGGGCAGCUGGUCCCCGCCAGGGAGCUUCGAUGUGCAAUAUUAGAGAGGAGACAUGAAAAAAGGAGAAAAGGAAAGAAAGAACUAUAUAUAUUUUAUUUAAACAAACACACAGGAGGUGCGUUACUCUUCUUUUCACCUGGGAAAGAGGUGAGAGGGUGAGAGAGAGCAGCCGGGGGUGGGAAGCAAAGGAAGCCGAGGGAGAGGAGACCCUCCCCUCGGGGCUGGGGGCGCCCACGUCUGCUACCUCCCACUGUGGAAUCGCUGGUGCUCGCAAUCGUCUCUUAGUGUAUGUGAUUUUUUUUUUUACGAAAAAAACAAACAAACCCCUAUUUAAGAUUCUGAAGGUGCUACCAUUUUUGCCACAGACUCUGAAGAAACGUUUUGAUGUGGGCUCUCCUCCACAUUUUUCUCUCUCCUCCAAAGGACAAAGUUCGGGGAACUUUUAAAUUCUCCUAGCAUCACCCAGGUGCUCAUCCGUAAUCUGCUAAGGAGGGGGGAAGAAGAAAGGAGAAGGGAAAAAAGCAAAAGGAAAACACACACACACACACACACACACACACACACACACACCCCUGCCAGAAACAGAAGUAGUGAGAUUUGCCUUUUAACUUACAGACUUUGAUACGUUUGUCCUCUAAAGCAGGGGAGGCCUGAGCAUGAAGGAUUCUGACCUAACCCUUCAUGGUCCCAGAGGGGAGUUGGGCCAAGGAUGCACUCGGAGGAUGCGAUGUCGACGGGAGGGUCCUGGGAGAAGCCUUGACCUUGAAGAAACGGUUACAGGAGCAACGGUGGGUAGGCUGGCCUUGGAGGUGGAAGAGAAACGUGGAACCAUCUCCCGAAGCCACAUACCACCCACUAAGAUCCUCCCUCCCAGGAGCCUGUCCCCUCAAGACGCAGCCAUCACUCUUGCUUUUUUAGUCAUUAAAUCCCAUAGGAACACAGCGUCAGUAGCUCCCCGUGCACACGUGGGCCGAGGAGAAGGAAUACCUACGGGAACCUUGGGGUGCGGCAUGAUAGGGAUAUUCAGUGCCACCUGAAUCGCCUACAUCCGCGAACCAGCCAGCGCCCGGGGCGGAUCCUGAGGUUAUUUUAACAGGAAUUAUUUUUAUAGAAGGGGAAAUUUUAUGUGAAAGUCUAUUUGUCUUUCUCUCAAGUUGUGUCUCUUGGGGAAUUGGAUUUGAUUUGCAUUAUUUAAUACCUCACUCUAGCCCACCCUCCCCACUGGUCCCGUCCCACCUGCAUCCCUGCCCCCGGCCCCGCCCGGAGGCCUCCCGUGGAAGGGCAUUCCGCAGCCGCCGGGCCUCGCUCAGCUCCGUUCCCCACGCUGCCAGUCUCGACCUGGCCCCCGUCUCGUCCUUGGGUUUUUCUGCUGUCCCCCUUUAUGUCUCUGUCCACAUGUCAGUGUUAAAACCCCCGUGGGUCCCGUCUCUCCUUUUCCC